AUGUCCCCGUCGCCGAAGAAAAAAAAGCAGGAGAAAACAGCAAUGCAAUCGACGGAGAUACCAAUGCAAUCGACGGAGACAACAGUGCAACCGACGGAAACAGCAAUGCAAUCGACGGAGACAGCAAUGCAACCGAUGGAAACAGGCGCAAUGCAAUCGAUGGAGACAGCAAUGCAACUGAUGGAAACAGCAAUGCAAUCGAUGGGAAUACCAAUGCAACCGAUGAAAACAACAAUACACUCGAUGAAGAAAUCAAAUGCGUGGAGAUUUUCUUAUACUGUGGCCCGCACGUUGAACCGGCUAGGCUUUAAUCUCACAUGGAACGUAAUUGAAAAGGGAUGUAACAAAUCAGGGCCCGGGAAAGAAUAUGAAAUUUCAUGUGUCACAAUCCAACAGGCGGCGUCUUUUCUAAAGAAAUAUAUUUUGGAAACACCUUGCUCUCAGAGCGAACGCUUACUCAACAGCAGUGGUUUCAAUAUUUACCUCAAGAAAGAACUUUAUCAAUUUACCGAUAGUAUUAAAGCACGCGGCGUGAUUUACAGUUUGCUACACCUAUCAGAAGUGCAGAGAUGCAGAGGUGUCAUAACAAUCUCAUCGGGCAGCUUUGCAUUUAUUCUUUGUUAUUAUGCAGAUAAAUAUCGUAUACCGGUGACGGUGGUGCUGCCGACAACAACGAUAGACGAAAAGAUUAUGAUGUGUCAAUCGUAUCCAUUAUCACGAGUACUUGUCAAGGGUAAUAACUUUCUAGAAGCUCACCGCACGGCUUUAGAUAUCGCCAUGAGGGAAGACUUAUUUUAUUUUGAUGGGAACGAUCAUCCAAACAUGAUUAUUGGUCAAGCCACUUUGGGCAUAGAAAUCAUGAAGCAACAAAGUAAUGUUGAUGUGGUACUUUUGCCGACGACAAUUGAAGGUUGCGGAUUAACAACAGCUAUUGCAAUAGCUAUUAAAGGGUGCAAUUCAAAAAUAACAGUUAUUGAAGUUCGUGGUACAAGUUCUGAUUUAUUCCAUGCGGUGAAAAAACAAACGGAUUCAUCUAAAGAAUUGAAUAUUCCUACGAAAGAGUAUAUAGCAUGUCCUUUAAGAAACAUGCCGCAUUGCGUGAUCGACAGGUUUAUUUCGGUAACUCCAGAGUUGAUUGAUUCUGCAUCCAUACAUCUACACAAGUCUGAAAGUUACUACGAUUGUUAUGGAGCAAUUGCUUUGGCUGCAAUUUUAUCUGGUCAGCUUAACGAUCUACAGGGAAAAAGGUGA